GGAAAUGCAUGUACGGCUUUACCAGAUUCUAGUUGAAAAGCUUGUAAGAGCAACAUGAGCUGGAGCUUUCUCACUCGUCUCCUGGAAGAGAUCCACAACCACUCCACCUUCGUGGGGAAAGUGUGGCUGACUGUGCUCAUCAUCUUCCGCAUUGUGCUCACAGCAGUUGGAGGUGAGUCCAUCUACUCGGACGAGCAGACCAAGUUCACCUGCAACACCAAGCAGCCCGGUUGUGACAACGUAUGCUACGAUGCCUUUGCUCCCCUCUCGCACGUCCGUUUCUGGGUCUUCCAGAUCAUCAUGAUCUCCACUCCCUCCAUCAUGUACAUGGGUUAUGCUAUUCACAAGAUAGCCCGAGCUUCGGAGGUGGAGCGCAGGAAACAACAGAGGUUCCGCAAGAAGCCACCUCCUCAUUCCAGGUGGAGAGAGAGCCACCAUCUGGAGGAGGUCUUGGAGGAAGAUGAAGAUGACGAUGCAGAGCCCAUGAUCUAUGAGGAUACACUGGAGGCGCAGGAGGUCAAGCCUGAGCAAGGAAGCAGCAUCAGCAAAGACCCGCCAAAACAUGACGGCCGCAAAAGAAUUAUGCAAGAAGGACUGAUGAGAAUCUAUGUUCUUCAGCUCAUGUCACGAGCAAUUUUUGAAAUUGCUUUCCUUGCAGGACAGUAUCUGCUCUAUGGCUUUCGAGUUAAUCCUUCAUAUGUAUGCAGCAGGCUUCCCUGUCCACACAGCGUGGACUGUUUCAUCUCUAGGCCCACAGAGAAAACAAUCUUCCUCCUCAUAAUGUAUGUGGUAAGCUGUCUUUGUCUGGUGCUAAAUGUGUGCGAGAUGCUCCACUUGGGAAUUGGCACUUUUCGGGAUACGCUUCGCAUGAAGAGGAGCCGGGGCCGGCGGACAUCCUACGGCUACCCGUUCUCUCGCAACAUCCCGGCCUCCCCUCCGGGGUACAACCUAGUGAUGAAGACAGACAAACCGAGCAGGAUCCCCAACAGCCUCAUCACCCACGAGCAGAACAUGGCUAAUGUGGCCCAGGAGCAGCAGUGCACCAGCCCGGAUGAGAACAUCCCCUCUGAUCUGGCGAGCCUGCACCGUCACCUACGGGUUGCCCAGGAGCAGCUCGAUAUGGCCUUUCAAACAUAUCAGACCAAGAACAACCAGCAGACCUCCAGAACCAGUAGUCCUGUAUCUGGGGGCACUAUGGCCGAGCAAAACCGAGUCAAUACAGUCCAAGAGAAACAAGGAGCCAGGCCAAAAUCAGCCACAGAGAAGGCUGCAACCAUUGUAAAAAAUGGAAAGACCUCAGUCUGGAUCUAGAGAUAAAUCUAAUUUCGUACAUUAACAGUAAAAACAUUUAAGACUCCAGGACUGCACUGUGAAACAGCUGGAGGAUGCGUGUGCGAGUAUGAGAUGCGACUCUGGACAAUAACAACUGAGAAUUUCAAUCACACUGACUGAAGGAGUACAGUUAAGAGUAGGCUUAGUUUUUGGGAAUAAAAAACAAACCACCCAUGAAGAAAUUAUCAAAUCCAGUAUCAUGAAUCUCCUUUGUUACUGUAGUGUGUAAUUUUGUGCUUGCCAUAGCUUUCAGACACGGUUAACAUUUGCUUACUUAGUUAAACAUCUCUAAUUCCAGCUGAAACGUCAAAUAUGUAAACAGAGUGCUUUGAGCUGUUUAUCUGAUCUACCCUUGACUGCUGCUGAACUGGAUUAAUUUGAAGAAAUUUAAAUUUGAAAGUGUGGGAUUGUACCCUACGGCCAAAUUUGAAAAUGCAGUAUAAAGCACUGUACAAAUGCACAAUGAGUCAUUUCUGAAGAAUGGUGAUUGUUGGAAAGAUGCAUGUUUAUUAUUUGGGGAAGUAUUUUUGGAUGUAGUAUGGAUGGGUGUCGCUGGAUUAAAGGUGAAGUAUUUUGAUGAAGGUGAUGAAACAGGGCUGUGUCACUUGUAGGCUUUUCUGGUAAACAUCUGCUUGGUGGGAAGGUCUUCAGUCAUUGCGUGCAAAGCCUUUAUCUAUGUUUUCCAAAGCCUUGCAGUGUCACAUCACAUGAAGGGGAAGAGGUAAGUGAAUAGAAAAUCUGAUUAUUGUCUAAAGUAAAUACUGAUUUUCUGCAAUCUGAAGCAGAUGAUGCAUGCUUUUCAACUGGGAACAUACAGUAUAGACUUACGCUACAGUAGAAUUCCCAUCCUUUGCUAUUCAAUUAGCUUACAUUUAUGUUAUGUUUAGGCAUGUUGUCGAGCAUUUUAGUUUCUCUGUCACUGAAGCAGUAUGUUUCUAAAACUGGUUUCAGAUUAAUAUGUAAUCCUGCCUUCACUGUUGUCAUACUUCGAAGUGCCUCAGACUUUUAAAGACU